GAUAUGUACUUAAAUUACAACGUGUCAAGAAAUUCAAUGGCGCUGUUCACCUUCGCUGUGAACUCUGAAUAUUGAGGCAUAAGGACCGCAAGUACAUGAUAGGCCCUAAACGUACUGACUGAUAUGUAUGAUAAAUCCAGAGAUCGCUCUAAUGUACCAGCAUGUACAUAAAUACAACGUGUCAAGAAAUUGUACAUGUGUAAGCUGCAUGGUGGCGAUGUGUAGUGAUUGAGAUAGAUAGGCCUAGAGGCCUAGUAUCAUGGACGAAGUGAUCAAUCUGAACGUCGGUGGUAGUUUAUACACCACGUCCUACUCAACUCUGACCCGUUAUCCAGACUCGAUGCUCGGUGCCAUGUUCAGCGGUCGCAUCCAAUCCGCACGGGACGCCAACGGUAACUUCGUCAUCGACGGGGACGGACCCCUCUUCCGCUUCGUGCUGAACUUCCUCCGUCGAUCCACCCUCAACCUCCCGGAGGAUUUCAAGGAGGUUGAUCUCCUGGCAGCGGAGGCAGAUUUCUAUCAGAUCGAGGCUUUGAUUGAUGCGGUGAGAUGCCUAAAGGAGGAGAAGACACGCCUUGAGGAGGUCCUCCAGACGCAGAGGGAACGCAUCCCGGAGAUGGAGUAUGUGGAGGUGGAAUAUGAGUGCGCAUCGGGGCAGUGGAUCGUCUUCGCUAACGCCGACGUCCUCAAAAGAAUCCCUAUCAUCGUGGGGUCGUUUAAGGACUCGCAUGCCUUCAAGAACAGACUGACACGGUGCGAGGAGAACGGGCUUAACCUCCCAAGGGGUCAACCCGUGAAUAGGGUCAGACUGUUCCGGGAAACCUCGCAGCUGGGGUUCGGUUUGCUCUGUACUUCCUCCAGCGGUGGGGACGAGAGAUCGACUGACCGAUGGGUUUUUGCACGGGAGGUUAAAUCAUAACCUCAUAAUUAUGAGGGACUAACCCAUCAAUAUAGGGUCAGACUGUUUCGGGAGACCUCACACAGGUGGGGUUCGGUUUGCUCUGUACCCCAUCCAGCGGUUGAGACGAGAGGUCGACUGACCGAUGGGUUUUUGCACGGGAGGUUAUGGUUAACAGAACCUCAUAAUUAUGACACCUCAUACUGGACACCUUGACGUACCUCGCACUCUAAAGAAACAGUUUAGAUUUUCAACAUUCUAUAAGCAUCAGUUGUGUACCCACUUUUUUGUAUUGGCCUAAACAUGUAUAAGGCCGAGUAAAAAAAAGAAACAUGUUUAGCGUACCCGCCCGCUUCCUUUUUAGAGGCAGCCUC